AUGGUGCGCAAACUGAAGCAUCAUGAGCAGAAGCUCUUGAAGAAGGUCGACUUCAACACCUACAAGAGCGACAAUGAUCACCGAGAAGCAGCGGUAAUGCGACGCUAUGCCAUCCAAGGCCGAGAUGACUACCGAAAGUACAACCAGCUCGCUGGUUCAUUGCGACAGCUCGCCCAUAAGAUUGCCGCCCUCGACCCUUCAGAUCCCUUCCGACGGAAACACGAAGACCUUAUGCUAGAAAAGCUAUGGGACAUGGGCAUCCUUGGUACCGGUGGUGGAGGCAGGGGAAAGCUGAGUGACAUCGAGCACAAGGUCACCGUCUCUGCUUUUGCACGGAGGAGGCUGCCUGUUGUCAUGACGCGCCUGCGCAUGGCUGAUCACAUUCAAGCCGCUACUACGCUCAUUGAGCAAGGUCACGUCCGCGUGGGAACAGAUGUCAUUACGGAUCCCGCCUACCUCGUCACCAGGAACAUGGAGGACUUUGUGACCUGGGUAGACUCUUCCAAGAUUAAGCGAAACAUUAUGAAAUACCGCGACAAGCUGGACGACUUUGAGCUCGAGGCUUUGUAA